CUGACCCUCCCAGGGAUGGCUCAGAAUAAAUACAGCCAUUUCUCUGCAGCAGGCAAGGACCAGCGCUCUCCUCCCCUGGGGAUCAGCACAAUGAAGCUCUUCACAGGCCUCAUUCUCUGCUCCUUGGUGCUGGGAGUCCACAGCCAGUGGUGGUCCUUCUUUGGUGAGGCUUAUGAAGGGGCUAAAGACAUGUGGAGAGCCUACUCUGACAUGAGAGAAGCCAACUACAAGGGUGCAGACAAAUACUUCCACGCCCGCGGAAACUAUGACGCUGCCCAAAGGGGACCGGGGGGUGCCUGGGCUGCUAAAGUGAUCAGUGAUGCCAGAGAAAAUAUUCAGAGAUUCACAGACCCUCUGUUUAAGGGUACGACCAGUGGCCAGGGUCGGGAGGACUCGAGGGCCGACCAGGAGGCCAACGAAUGGGGCCGGAGCGGCAAAGACCCCAACCACUUCAGACCUGCUGGCCUGCCUGACAAGUACUGAGCUGCCUCUCCCUCUGCUCAGGAGACGGGGCUGUGAGUCCCCAAGGGCAGGGACGCUGACCUAGAGAGUUCUCUGUCCUCAGAAGGCAGCAGAUCUAAUAAAUGCUCAAGAGAUGGAA